AUGGUGAGAUCUAAGUUACCGGCAUUAACGACUCGGCUAAUACAAGUCUCAUGUGCAAUAGCAUGGUGCUUAGUUGCAGCAGGUCCCGUAUUUGGUUUUGCCGCUUUGAAGCCAAUUCUCAUUUCUGAGGGUAUUUACAAGUCACGAUGCGAUAUGAAAGUUGCAGUUGUUGACUCUAACGAAGAUGUUGAAUGUGUUGAGCAAAACCUUUCAUUAAAUUUUUUGUUUACUUUAGCAUGCAUGGUUACGAAUGUUAGUGCUCUACCCGUGGGAUCGAUAUUGGACUCCUUUGGACCCAAAGUAACGGGGAUCAUUGGCUCUAUAAUUCUUGCAUUGGGCUCGUUGAGUAUAAAGUAUGCGCCAAGUAUGAGCUAUAUUGAUGGGUAUCUAGCAGGGUACACGUUGUUGGCCUUGGGCGGACCAUUUGUUUUCAUCAGUUGUUUCCAGCUAGCCAACAGUUUCCCUAAAAACUCCGGCUUGAUAUUGGCAUUGUUAACUGGUGCUUUCGAUUCGUCUUCGGCGUUAUUUUUGUUUUACCGUAUUUACUACUUUAAUGUGAGCAAGAUAUCGAUUAGUUCCUUUUUUACAGGUUACUUGUUAGUGCCUGCCCUUAUCUUUUUGUGCCAAUUGUUCUUAAUGCCAAAAGAUUCUUACAAAACGGUGGGCACUUUGGCCAAGAUCGCCGAGACUGGAAUAGACGAGACAGGUAAGCCAUUGAAUCCAAAAUACUUAAACCCCGAGGAUUCUAAUGAUGUUGGUGGUGUUGGUGGUGGUGGUGCUAGUACUGACGAAAUUUUUUAUCAACCAACUAUAUCAGAAACCACGUCUUUACUAAUGAGGAGAGCUUCCGAUACUAAACGAAGAGAAUCUGUUGUGUCACGAACCUCGUAUAGGUCUAUGAAGUCGUCAUAUGAGCAACAGGCUGAUGCAAACUUGAUGAAUUCUACAGGUGGUGUCUUUGGAGUGUUGCACGGGUGCUCAAUUCGUGACCAGUUUAAAUCACCGUGGUUUUUGUUGAUGACGCUAUUCACAACUAUUCAAAUGCUACGUAUCAAUUUCUUUGUCGCUACUAUUAAAGCUCAAGAGAAUUACUUGUAUGGAAACGAAGAAUUGGCUAUUAAAAUCAACCAUUUUUUUGACUUGGCUUUGCCCUUGGGCGGAAUUGUAUCAAUCCCCUUUAUUGGACUUAUAUUGGAUAAUUUAACUACAUUAACUGUGUUGUACAUUUUGACCGGUUUGUCUUUGUUCAUUGGCGUAAUGGGGUUAUUGUCAUGGAUUCCAGGUACAUAUGCAGGUAUAUUGGUUCUUGUUGUAUACCGCCCUUUCUACUACACUGCAGUUUCGGACUUUUGUGCAAAAGUGUUUGGAUACGACAACUUUGGAACUGUUUACGGUACCAUUAUUGCAUUUAGUGGUAUUUGCAAUAUUUUUCAACAACUUAUGGAUAAAGUCACUCAAGAGUAUUUCAAAAUGAAUCCAACUCCAAUAAACUCCUUUUUGGUGCUUUUAACUUUACUAUUUGGCGGGCUUUUAAUUGUUUAUGUCAAAUCGCAAGAGAAGAAAAUCAGGAGAAGGAACUUGGAAAUGGAAGCCGAAGAUGCAUCAUUUACUGAUAUACCCAACUAA